AUGAAAGACGAUGACGACGAUGACAUUCCACUUAGUUUGAAAAACCAAAUAGAAGCUGAAGCUAAAAGUAUGGAAAAAGAAGCUGCCGAAAUUCUCGAACACUUACAUCCUGAGGCUACUUUCACAGAAGAAGAAAUAAGAGACUGGAAUAACGACGACUUGAUUGAAGAGGUUGAAGCUAUUGAAGAAAGCGAAUCCGAAGAUGAAGUUAAAGCUUCAGGUGGAAAUGAACCAAAGCGCAUAAGUUCAUCCGAAGCCGUAACAAUUUUCAACAAAGCUAUAGCAUGGGCAACUGCUGAGAAAAUUAGCCCGAGGAAAGUUAAUGUGCUACAAUCACUGCGCAAAAAGGCUGUAUUGAAUGCGAAAUUCUCUCUUACCAUAUUUGCACUCAUUGCCACCGUCGCUGCAGAUGUUAGUCACUUGAGCAGAGGCUAUCUGCCACCUGUGCAACAUGCCUCCAGCGUAAGCAUCGGCUCAAGCGCGGGUUCCAGCGGUUCAUCGAUCUACACCAGUCAACAUCAAAGUAUCGAGUACGCGCAGCAAGCACAAGAAGUGCCCGUGCUCGGUGGUGACGCAUUCACCUACGGCGGUGAGGAAACACAGUCAGCAGAGCCUGCCGAACCAGCUGAUGAUGGUGCUGCCUCCUACGAUUCAUACGGCAGUGGGCAAUCACAGGCAGCAGAGGCCGCCGCUCCCGUUGAUGAUGGUGCUGCCUCCUAUGGCUCUUAUGACAACUAUGAAGCACAGCUGCAGUACCAAGUAGCCGAUCAACAGCAACAACAGGUGGCAAGCGCUGGUGGCGAUGCCGAUAUUGGAGCUGGGUAUGAAGAGGGAGCCGGGUAUGAAGAGGAAGCCGGAGCCGCACCCGCUGGCGGCGCUGAUUUCUCAUAUGGCAGCUACGAUUUGGGCAGCCAAGAUGUAGGCGUGCAAGAUUUCGAGCAAAACCACUUAUUAAGCCACAGCCAUGGCAAUUUAGUGCAUGUGAGCUUGGCCGCAGCGCAAGGACCUGCUAUACGCGCCCCGCUACCUGCAGUCGCAGUUGGUCAGUUUCGUUGUUGCGUAGCCCGUCGCUCAGCGCGCGACGCGCGUCGCUGCGCUGCUGAGGAAAGCGCUCGUUGCAGGGAGAGCAGUGGCAGCAGCGGCGGUAGCAGUGUAUUUGCAAGCGAUUUGUGCCGCGAAAAACAUUUAGUGUGUAAGCAUAAUUUUUGGUAUAAAUUGAAAUUCUUCAUUGCCACCACUCUUGCCUUGGUCGCCUUCGCGUCGGCUGAUGUCAGCCAUUUGUCGAGGACGUACCUGCCACCCUCCUCCAGUUAUGGUGCUCCAUCCUACUCAUCGGGUGGUUCACACUCUUCUGGUGGUUCCCUUGGUGGUUCCUACUCAUCCGGUGGUCCCCUUGGUGGUUCCUACUCAUCCGGUGGUUCCCUUGGUGGUUCCUACUCGUCCGGUGGUUCUCUAGGCGGUUCCUACUCAUCGGGUGGUUCCCUUGGCGGUUCAUACUCCUCAGGUGGCGCUGCUGGUGGCUCAUACUCUUCAGGUGGUGGCGGUUCCUCUUACUCUGCCCCAUCCAACGAAUACUUGCCACCUUCUCCAGUUUACUCUGCCCCAGCACCAGCACCAGUCUACUCGGCUCCUGCACCUGCUCCAGUGUACUCUGCUCCAGCACCAGCUCCAGUUUACUCUGCCCCAGCACCAGCACCAGUCUACUCUGCUCCCGCUCCAGCACCAGUGUACUCUGCACCCGCACCAGCACCAGUGUACUCUGCUCCCGCACCAGCUCCAGUUUACUCUGCUCCAUCAUAUUCUUCGGGCGGUAGCGGUGGUGGUUCAUACUCCUCAGGUGGUUCAGCUGGUGGUUCUUAUUCUCACGGCGGCUCUUACUCUAGCGGUGGCUCAUACUCUAGCGGCGGUUCUUCGGGAUACUCUGGCCCAUCGAACACCUAUUUGGCUCCAGCGGCGCCCAGCUACUCAUCGGGUGGUUCCUCAUACCCCUCAGGUGGCUCAUCCUACUCGUCAGGCGGCUCAUCAUACUCUGGUGGUGAUGUUGGUACCCAGUAUGCUUCUAACGGUGGUUACGUCUACAGAAAGAAGUAAAUCGUGCGGAACUGCACAUGUUAGUCAAGCUGUGUUUGUACU